GCAGUUAAUUCUAGAUACACAGGCCUAUAUAAACACUAAAAUAGCUUCGUGGCAUUGUUAGUGUUCAAACUGAAAUCAAGGGUCAACCGCAAUCCAAAGCCGAAACCAUGAAACACGCUGUUGGAAUUCUGUUGCUGGCAGUUGUUUUUGUUGUGGUAACAGCUGCGCCAUCUGACUUACCUGCACAUCAAAGGGAUACGAGGCAGGCGCCAUCCAUACCCAGUCCUGGCGACAUGGCUGAUAUGGCUUCAUCUCUCCCAGGAGCCGACAAGUUUAAACUUCCGAAACUACCUACUCCCGAAGAAGCAGCGAUCAAAGUUUUAGAAAACGUCCCCGAACCUCUCCUUGAAGCCGCAGAAUCAGUAGGAGAGGCUGUUGAAGGUUUCAUGCCGUCAGAGAGCGAAACGGAUGCUGAACCUCCCAGUGUCGAAGACAUUGCAGCAAAGGGCAUGGAACAAGCAGGAAAAAUAGCUUCAAAAUUGGGAAUUGGGAGCAACUAGAGCAACAGUGGGUUACAAAUCUACACGAACUGGUUGUAAAACCGGUUCUACUCAUAAUGAUAUUUGCUCUCCCAGCCUCGUAAUUACAGACACGUCUACUUACUGCAUUAUGCCUUAUUCCCUUCCAUGGAUGUGACUUGUCAACAUGAUAAUGUCAGAUAUUUCUUCCAUUGACUCGCUAGAAUUAAUUUUAUUUUCAAUCACUUAUUUAUAACAUUAUUUCCUCACAAAUGUGUAUUAUUAUUUGCAUUGGUGGUAGUUGGCCAUGUAGCACGUGAUUAAUUUCAUUGAUAUGCAAUAAAGUAACAUAAUUUAUAUGCUA